AUGGUUAAAAAUUUGGAAAAUUUUGAUCGUGGUGUUGGUGAUGUUAGCAUGAGUGAUAAUCAUGCAAAAAUGAUGCUCAAGUCUGGGACUCCCAAACUAUCUGACUCCACAUUAUCGGCAGGGUUUACCCCUGAUGUUAACACCACCAACCCCUCAACAUCAUCUAUGUUCAAUGAGAUAGAGGACAACCAUGUUAUUGAAGUUAUUUAUGCUAAUACGGGUCUAGAAGACAUUAAGUCUAGCUUAGUGCUCCUUAGCUUUCCAGGCUCCCAAAUGUCUGGGUCUAACAUUGGAGAAAAUGCAAAUGGCAAGACUGAGCCAACUGAGCUUAGUGAGAAUGAUGAUGACCUCACGAAAGGAUCCUCCAUGGCUAAGAAGAAAGAAUUCAGACAGAUAGCUAAAAGCCCAUCUAGUUAUAGCAGAUUAUUGCAGUAUAAUCCCAAAGGAAAUAGUAUCAAUUCAUCCUCUGCAUCAUUUCUUCUGAGAACAGAUGAGAAUACUUAUGUGGGUUCUCAAGGCAGUCAGAUCUUCAUCAACUGUAGCUGCCCACAUCAAGUUCAGAACUGCACAAGGGAGAAUGUCACUGCAGCCAUUGAAGCUGAUAAGAUCAAAGACUCAAAGCCUGGCUAUAAGUUCAGUAUUCUGAUUGGGAUCCUAACAGUUGCAGAUCAGUAUGAAAGAAGACAUUUUCUUCGUAUGGUUUAUGGAAGUCAAUCCACAGUCCAUGCAAAAGUGGACGUGAAAUUUGUGUUCUGCAAUCUUACAAAGGAUGAUCAAAGAAUCCUUGUGCCUCUGGAGAUCAUGACCUAUAAUGAUAUCAUCAUAUUGAACUGUGAAGAGAAUAUGAAUGAAGGUAAGACUUAUACUUAUUUGUCCAGUCUGCCAAAGAUGGGAUUGAAAUAUGAUUAUGUUAUGAAGGCUGAUGACGAUGUUUAUUUUAGGAUUGAUAAGUUGGCUGAAUCACUGAAGCCUUUGCCAAGGACUGAUGCUUACUAUGGCUAUGUUAUACCUUGUGACAAAACGGAUCCUUUUGACAAGUACAUGUCUGGUAUGGGAUAUGCACUGUCAUGGGAUUUAGUUAAGUGGAUUGAAGAGUCUCCAAUUGCUAAGAAUAAUACAGUGGGGCCAGAAGAUAUGAUGGUGGGGCGAUGGUUAGAUGAAGGAAAGAAGGCUAAGAAUAGAUUUAGCAAUAAGCCUGCUAUGUAUGACUUUCCUCUCGCUAAUCCCCCAUGUUCUCAUGACUUAAUUCCUGAUACCAUUGCUGUACACAAGCUCAAGGACAGGGAGAGGUGGUUUACUGUUCUCAAGUAUUUCAAUUUUACAUCUGCUCUCAAGGAAUCUAAGUUGUAUCAUCUAUAAUUGGUUGGGGAGGAUGUCUAUGGGGGGAUUUUCUCUUCCAUUUACAGAAGUUUUUUUCUACA